UAUUGCACAGUUUCACUUUGUGAGCGGUGUGUUCGAGAUUCACCAUCAGAGCAAACGCAGGAGUUACACCUACAGUGGAAAGAAUACUGGAUAAAGUAUCUGUGUGAGGCCUUUUUACUGGAAAGAGAUCAGAGAGCUGAGGCUGAGGCUGAGCCUCACUGCAGUCUGCACUCUGAGAAACUCAGACUCUUCUGUCUGGACCAUCAGCAGCCAGUGUGUCUCGUCUGUCGGGACUCUAAAACACACAACAACCACAGAUUCAGACCCAUCAAUGAAGCUGCACAGGAUCACAGAGAGGAGCUCCAAAUAACUUUGAAGCCUUUACAAGAGAAACUGAAGCUGUUUGAACAAGUUAAAAUAAACUAUCAUCAAACAGCAGAACACAUUAAGGUCCAGGCCCAGAACACAGAGAGGCAGAUUAAGGAGCAGUUUAAGAAGUUUCACCAGUUUCUAAAAGAGGAAGAGGAGGCCAGGAUCACUGCUCUGAGGGAGGAAGAGGAGCAGAAGAGUCGGAUGAUGAAGGAGAAGAUGGAGGCUCUGAGCAGAGAGAUAGCAGCUCUGUCACACACAGUCAGAGCCACAGAGGACGAGCUGAGAGCUGAAGACAUUUUAUUCCUGAGGAACUACAAGGCUGCAGUAGAAAGAGUCCAGCAGCGCCCCCUGCUGGAUGAUCCACAGCUGGACUCAGGAGCUCUGAUAGACGUGGCCAAACAUCUGGGCAACCUGACCUUCAACAUCUGGAAAAAGAUGAAGGAGAUGGUCUCCUACAGUCCUGUGAUUCUGGAUCCCAACACUGCUGAACCACAUCUCAUCCUGUCUGAGGAUCUGACCAGCGUGAGACUUGGAGCGAAACAGAAGCUUCCUGUAAACCCAGAGAGGCUUGAUUACCACCACUGUGUCCUGAGCUCAGAGGGCUUUAACUCAGGGACUCAUAGCUGGGAUGCUGAGGUCAUAAAUGAUCAAUUCUGGGCCCUCGGUGUGGUGCGGGAGUCAGUCCAGAGAAAGGGACAAAUACCGACUGGAUAUUGGGAAAUAUGUCUCCUCAAUGGCAAAUACACAGCAGCCUCACCACCACUUCCAGAUAAAGCUCUCUCAGUGAAGAAUAAGCUCCAGAGGAUCAGAGUUCAGCUGGACUGGGACAGAGGGAAGUUGUCGUUCUAUGAUCUUGAUACUAACACACACAUUCACACCUUCAAACACACUUUCACUGACAGGCUGAUCCCAUACAUUGGCAAUCACAAUAAACUUCCACUGAAGAUAUUACCACUGUCAGUCUCUGUGACAGUGGAACAGUGCACAUUCCCUUUAUAAACAGGGCUGUGGCCUUUUACAUUAGCUAAGCAUGCUGUGUGCCGUUAUUUUCAGAUUAAGUAAGGCUACUCACAAUAAUGCCAUCACCAGACAUGUCAGUGAUUCUAUACAUGUUCUAUGAGUUUUGAAACAAAGAAAUCUUUUAUGCAGUUUGAAAGCUUUUGUCAUUCAUAGGCCAGUUGAUCAUUUCUCUUAAUUUGCUUUAGUAGUAUUUGUUUAAUUCUGCACUGUCAGUCACUGUGUCAUUGUUUAUGUAGAGACAUUACUUUAGACUCAGGCUUAAUUUUGAAUUUUAAGAAUACAAUAUAUAUUAGCUUUAUAAAAAAAUGCCAAAUAUAAUUUUUUAUAUAAACACAUGACAUAAAUAAAUAUCAUGAUAAAUGCAUUAAAAAAAACUCAGCAUGACAUUAUAGAGCUGAAGGAAUAAACUUUGAACAUAAAAGUUUUUGAAUUAUCUUAAUUAUAACUUUGACAUGUAUUGUUACUUAGCGGUCCACAUGUAGAUACUAGGGAUGAGCAUUUUCAGUAAUUUCAAUAUUCAAAUAUUCUCAUUACCUUAUGAACAAGUACUUGAUAACUCGCAAAUUAUAUAUAUGUUUUUUGGGUUUUUUUAACCGUAAUAAAAGAAAUACGGGAGGUCCAUGUCCAACUGGAAACAAGAAAGAAUGUUAAACUUUUGUUUAGAGUCGGACAUGGACCUCCCUGACCAAGCCUACUGUUUGGCUCACAGAGAGCAUGAUAUACAAGUUUAACGCCACAUACCUUGAACUGCACGUUAUUGUCGUAUUUUUUUUUUUUUUUUAUCAAAGUAUUUCCCGACAUCACUUUCCCUAGUAACGGCUGCCAUGGUGCACGUAACGCUACCUGAGUCCAACUAAUCAAGCCAAAAACAACACGUGCGCAGGUGCACGAGUAGUGAAACACUACUUGAAUAAUGACGUCAACAACGAGACGCCCUAGUAGAUACUGUUGAUAUAUCUGUGAUAACCUAACAUUGUCUGUUUGUCGGCAGGUUUUCAACACAGGGUAAAUUUCCGUAUAUGAAUGAAUAGAGGAGAGUGUGAGUGUGUCAGGGAUAAAAGAACCAUGUUCAUGGGACUUUUUAGGACUUAGUUGUGUUCAAAAAAUGUACUGAUGGUUUUAAAUGAAAAAUUAUAGAUUUCAUGGAAGUUGUUAGUGUUAUUGAUUUUCCUUUUUGUGUGGUGGUGAUGAUGAAACUUGAUACUGGAGACAGCGUGAUUAUGGUAAUGUUCAUCCUCUCAGUGAUGAUAAGAAGAUAAGGUUACAGAUGUAUCAUGGACAGUAUGUAUGCAUAUAGUAGAGCUCAUUUGAUACUGAAUAUUUGCUGCUCAUAAGGAUAUUUGAAUUUUAAGAAUACAAUGCGUAAUAUAAAAUAAUAUAUUGCAAGAUAUAAUUUUUUGUAUAUAAAUAUAUCAGUUAUAACAUGAUUCAUUUUAUAAUAUCCCACCAGUCUGUGAGCAUAAGAUCAGAUCAGAAUUUUAUUUUAUAAAUGGCUUGUUUUGUAUGUUUUCCUUUUAGCUGCCUUGCCAAUAACCUCUAUGGUUGUUACCUAGUUUAAAAUGUCUCUGUUUUAGUCACAUGUUCUCUCUUGUUCUCCAAGAACGGAGCUGUACUGAUAUUUUACUGUAAGGGUGUCAUUAUAAUCUGACUAAAGUAAAGAGUU